AUGGCAACUACUGAGCUUCUGGCCGGUUUUUACGUAGAAUCUAAACUCCGAACCGGUGUUGGCUUUUUAAUUCUGGGUGUCGUAGCUCUCGUCUACGGCAGACCCCAGGAUAACGAUGACGUAGACGCUCACAAAGAAAUACCUGAUGAAAGGUGCCCCCCAACUGAAUUUCAUCAUUUAUUACCCCAUGAAUACGACUGCACCAAGUUUUACUACUGUGAAUAUGGACUUAGAUAUGAAACACCAAGGGACUGCGCUCCUGGAACGGAAUUCUCGUAUGAGAAACAGGUUUGCGUCCAUCCCGCACAGGCAAACUGUACACUACCAGGAACACCGACAACUUCAAAUCCAACAGUUGGAACAACAACAACUGUAGCACCAACCACAACUACUGCAGCACCAACCACAACGACAUCGACUGCAGCACCAACCACAACUACUGCAGCACCAACCACAACGACAUCGACUGCAGCACCAACCACAACUACUGCAGCACCAACCACAACGACAUCGACUGCAGCACCAACCACAACUACUGCAGCACCAACCACAUCAACUGCUGCAUCAACCACAACCACUGCAGCACCAACCACAACUACUACAGCACCAACGACAAUUACUGCAGCACCAACGACAACGACUGCAGCACAAACUACAACAACAAGUCCAUCGACAACUUCAAGUCCUGGAAUAACAUUACCUAAUGGUUGUCCAGCUGAAUUUGAUGUCCACAAGCUGUUGCCUCAUGAGACGGACUGUGACAAGUUUUACUAUUGCGUCUUUGGAGAGAAAGUUUUGAGGCAAUGCGCGCCAGGCACAUACUUCAAUUAUAAGAUUCAAGUGUGCGAUUGGCCAGAAAAUGUAGAUUGCGCAGGUGAUGGAAGUGGUGGUGACGGUGGAGGAGGCGGAGACGGUGGAGGUGGUGGAGGUGGCGAUGUUGGAGAUGGUGGAGAUGGAGGUGGUGGAGGCGGAGGCGGUGAAGGUGGAGGUGGUGAAGGAGUUGAAACACUUCCCAAUGGUUGUCCCGCUGACUUCAGUAUCCACCAACUAUUGCCACAUGAAUACGACUGCGCCAAGUUCUACUACUGCGUACAUGGCCAAAAAGUAGAGACAAGCUGUGCCCCAGGAACGCAUUUCAACCCAGCUCUUCAGGUUUGCGAUUGGCCAGAAAAUGUCGGUUGUGAAGGAAGUGGAGGCGGAGGUGGAGGAGGAGGAGAAGGAGGAGGAGGCGGUGAUGGAGGCGGAGGCGGUGAUGGUGGAGGCGGAGGUGGAGGUGGUGGAGGAGGAGGUGGAGGUGGAGGUGGAGGUGGCGAUGGUGGAGGUGGAGGCGGCGAUGGUGGAGGUGGAGGCGGAGGUGGAGGUGGUGGAGGAGGAGGAGGUGAAGGCGUUGAAACACUUCCCAAUGGUUGUCCCGCUGACUUCAGUAUUCACCAACUAUUGCCACAUGAAUACGACUGCGCCAAGUUCUACUACUGCGUACAUGGCCAAAAAGUAGAGACAAGCUGUGCCCCAGGAACGCAUUUCAACCCAGCUCUUCAGGUUUGCGAUUGGCCAGAAAAUGUCGGUUGUGAAGGAAGUGGAGGUGGAGGUGGAGGAGGUGGAAGCGGAGAAGGCGAUGGCGGUAAUGGUGGUGAUGGAGGCGCUGGUGGAGAUGGUGGAGCUGGAGGUGGUGGAGGAGGUGGUAGCGGAGAUGGCGAUGGUGGAGCCGGAGGUGGCGGAGGCGGAGGUGGUGGAGGAGGAGGCGGUGGUAGUGGAGGUGGAGAUGGCAGUGAUGGAGGCGAUGGUGGAGCCGGAGGUGGUGGAGGUGGAGGAGGUGAUGGUGAAGGUGGAGGCAGUGGAGACGGAGACGGCGGUGAUGGAGGCGAUGGUGGAGCUGGAGGUGGUGGAGGUGGAGGAGGAGGAGGCGGAGGCGGUGGCGGUGGAGGUGGAGGCGGUGGCGGUGGAGGCGGAGGGGGUGAGACACUCCCAAAUGGUUGUCCCGCUGACUUCGAUAUUCAUAAGUUAUUGCCUCACGAAAACGACUGCUCCAAGUUCUACUACUGUGUUCAUGGUGAAAAAGUAGAAACAAGAUGUGCUUUAGGAACGCAUUUCAGCCCAACUCUUCAGACUUGCACAUGGCCAGAAGAGGCUGGAUGCGAAGCUGGCAGUGGAGGUGGAGGGGGAGGCGGAGGUGGCGGAGGAGGAGGCGGAGGUGGAGGAGGUGGUGGCGGAGGAGGAGGAGGCGGAGGUGGCGGAGGAGGUGGAGAUGGCGGUGAUGGAGGCGAUGGUGGAGCCGGAGGUGGUGGAGGCGGAGGAGGUGAUGGUGAAGGUGGAGGCACUCAACCAGAAUCAGAUAAAUGCAAAGAUGAAUGUCACGUACCACACUGGGCUCAUGAAACAGACUGCGACAAAUUCUGGCGUUGCGAAGGCAAUCAACAAGUCUUAGGCAUUUGUGCUGAAGGCUUACACUUUAACGCACGCACUCAAACCUGCGACUUCAUGUGUAACGCUAAUUGCGUAAGAGAAACUGUCCAAACCACGGCUCAGAGAGACGGACUGAGGGUAUUCCUGCCCUGGGAAAAAGUUGACAGGCUCAUCAAGAUGAGUAAAGGGAAGGAGAUCACGCAAAUUGGGUUUGACAUGUUUUAA